CGAAGGGCCGCCUCGAAAAGAACAGUAGAUCAGCAUGGCGCCGGCCUGCGACAUCGCGGCCGACGCACUUGGCAUCUUUCUGGAAGGCCUUCUCCUGCCUUGCGAGACACUUCUGGCCCUACUCGUGUGUAGCCUCUCGUCCGCCGAGCCGGCCAUCCACCACUACGCACUGGCAAACAUGAGCACCAAGACGACGUCCGAGACGCUGCCAGCGACGCUUACGACCGCCUUGCCGCGCCUUCACGUGCGGUCGCCGGCUAAAACCAAGCAGCAGCAGGCGCGGCCAUCGAUGCUCGACCUCUUCUCCGAACCAUCCUCCUCCGAGACGCUCGUGCGUGGCCUCUCGUAUGCCACAGACGGCAAGAAAGUACCGGCAGGCGACUGCCUCGGAACGCUCCUGCAUGUCGACUUGUGGAAAGCGACCGACGAAAUGCCUGGCCGACAAGACCACGUCGCAGAACUCGACUUGCGCCGCCCGUCGAGCCUCCUCGCCGCGAGUGCAUCGGCCGACCCCGGCGACACCAUCUUCAUUGUCAACCUGCAGGUGCCCGGCACGCCCUUUGUGCAUGUUGUUUCCUAUUGGCGACUUUCCGCCGAGGCGCUAGCAAGUGACGCCAAGUUUGCAGGGCUCUUCACCCGAUUCCAAAGCAACGAGCCCGAGGCGCAGUCGUUCCAAGACGCGCGCUUCAAGCUCGUGCCAACGAUCGUUGAUGGCCCGUGGCUCAUCAAGGCCGCCGUGCCGCAGAAGCCAGCAAUCACUGGCAAGAAGCUCACGCAGCGCUACUUCGUUGGCAGCAACUACGUCGAAGUCGAUAUGGACAUUGGGUCGAGCGCAAUCGCGUCCAAUAUCGUGAGCCUCUGCCGCGGCUACGCCGAGCGGCUCGUUGUGGACUUGAGUUUGACUCUACAAGGCAACAGCGACGCCGAGCUGCCGGAACGCAUUUUUGGGUCGGUGCGCUUUUCACACUUGGAUUUAACACUGGCGACGGCGAUGCCACCGCGGUCGCCAUGACCGCAAGACGGGCGACAGUAGUAUGUAGUACAUCCGAUUGUAACCUUAUGGCAACACCUAACCAUCGUGUGAGCGUCGUUUCAAGAAG